UUUUACAACAUUCCAGUGUCUGCAGCUGUUCAAGAAUGAUCCGGUAAUCCUUCGCCUACGCGGAGUUCGCCGAAUUUUCCAUAAAAUUCAGGGUUAAGUUCGAGAUGAGGAGAAAAACGUGAUAGAAGACCAGUCUUAUACUCAUCCGUCAUCACUUUAUAAUACCAGACAUCAAGAGAAGAUCCGCAUUUCUUCAAAAUGAUGCUCUCAAGGCAAAAGCCGGCCACGGGGCCAGGCUCUUCCACACCGGCACAGGAGAGUAAGAAGAAGAAACAGAUGCCAAAACUGAAAGAAUUCCUGGAUCUCAGAGACUACACGGGGGCCUGUACAUUACUAGAGUUCACCAGGCAUAGCGGUAAGGGUUCCGACGAGACGGACAUGUGGCUGGCCUUCUGUCUCUUUCACCUCGGUGAUUACAAGCAAGCUAUGGAGGAGUACGAGAAGUUGAGCAAGAAGGAAUCCUGUAACCCGGAAGUGUGGGUCAACCUCGCCUGCUGUUACUUCUUCCUUGGGAUGUACCCCCAGGCUGACGAAGCCUGCAAUAAAGGACCCAAGAGUGGACUACAGAACAGGCUUCUAUUUCAUCUAUCACAAAAGUUUAAUGAUGAGAAUCGGCUGAUGAACUACCAUCAAUCCUUACAAGACAUCAUUGAGGAUCAGCUUAGUCUUGCCUCCAUUCACUAUCUCAGAAGUCACUACCAAGAAGCCAUCGACAUCUACAAACGCAUUCUCCUUGAUAAUCGGGAAUACUUGGCCUUGAAUGUCUAUGUUGCGCUGUGUUACUACAAGCUGGAUUACUACGACGUUUCCCAGGAGGUCUUGGCCGUUUAUCUCCAGAACUACUCCGAUAGCGCCAUCGCCCUGAAUCUCAAAGCCUGCAAUCACUUCAGACUCUACAACGGCAAGGCUGCUGAGGCUGAGCUGAAGAACCUACAAGAUCUGGCCUCGCCUUCUUUCACAUUUGCUCAGGAUCUCAUCAAACACAACCUUGUCGUCUUCAGAGCUGGAGAGGGAGCCCUUCAAGUUCUUCCUCCCCUCAUUGAUGUCAUUCCAGAGGCGAGGCUCAACUUGGUCAUCUAUUAUCUCAAGCAAGAUGAUGUUAAUGAAGCAUAUAACCUGAUCAAGAAUCUUGACCCGACCACCCCUCAAGAAUACAUCCUCAAAGGCGUCGUCAAUGCAGCUCUGGGACAAGAGCAAGGAUCGCGAGAACACCUGAAGAUAGCUCAGCAGUACUUUCAGCUGGUGGGUGGAUCGGCUAGUGAAUGUGACACAAUUCCCGGUCGACAGUGCAUGGCAUCCUGUUUCUUCAUCCUCAAGCAAUUUGACGAUGUCCUCAUAUAUCUCAAUUCAAUAAAGAGCUACUUCUACAACGAUGACAACUUCAACUUUAACUAUGCCCAGGCCAAGGCCAUGGCUGGCAAUUACAAGGAAGCGGAAGAGAUCUUCAUGCUGAUUCAGAAUGACAAGCACAAACAGGACUAUGUCUACCUCAGCUGGCUGGCUAAGUGCUAUAUAAUGAAUCGCAAGGCUCGUCUGGCAUGGGAGCUCUAUUUGAAGAUGGAAACAUCAGGAGACUCAUUCAGUCUUUUACAGCUCAUAGCAAAUGACUGCUACAAGAUGGGUCAGUUCUACUAUGCUUUCAAAGCGUUUGAUGUCUUGGAGAGAUUAGAUCCUAACCCUGAGUACUGGGAGGGAAAAAGGGGGGCCUGUGUGGGAGUCUUUCAACAGAUCAUUGCUGGUCAUGAACCAAGGGAGACAUUACGAGACAUCCUCCAGAUCUUGAGGAACACGGGGAAUCCCCAGGUUGAAUACAUCAUCAGAGUGAUGAAGAAAUGGGCCAAGGAUAACAGAGUACCCAUCGGUAACUAAGAAACCCCAACACGAGGAAUCCCAUAGGAGAAUAAAUCAUCAGAGUGAUGAAGAAAUGGGCCAAGGAUAACAGAGUACCCAUCGGUAACUAAGAAACCCCACCCAACACAAGGAAUCCCCUAGGAGAAUACAUCAUCAGAGUGAUGAAGAAAUGGGCCAAGGAUAACAGAGUCCCCAUCGGUAACUAAGAAACCCCACCCAACACGAGGAAUCCCCAAGGAGAAUAUAUCAUCAGAGUAAUGAAGAAAUGGGCCAAGGAUAACACGAGUCGCCAUCGGUAACUAAGAAACCCCACCCAACACAAGGAAUCCCCUAGGAGAAUACCUCAUCAGAGUGAUGAAGAAAUGGACCAAGGAUAACAGAGUCGCCAUCGGUAACUAAGAAACCCCACACAACACAAGGAAUUCCCUAGGAGAAUACAUCGUCAGAGUAAUGAAGAAAUGGGCCAAGGAUAACAGAGUACCUAUAGGUAACUAAGAAACCCCACCCAAACACGAGGAAUUCCCUAGGAGAAUACAUCAUCAGAGUGAUGAAGAAAUGGGCCAAGGAUAACAGAGUACCCAUCGGUAACUAAGAAACCCCACCCAACACAAGGAAUCCCCUAGGAGAAUACAUCGUCAGAGUGAUGAAGAAAUGGGCCAAGGAUAACAGAGUACCCAUCGGUAACUAAGAAACCCCACCCAACACGAGGAAUCCCCUAGGAGAAUACAUCGUCAGAGUGAUGAAG